AUGAAACUGAGGCGUUCACAGGGGCGGUGUCGUACCUGCGGGUUGUUACAGUCUCCGUCAGGUGUUGUUCACAGGCGUGGUGUCGUACCUGCGGGGUGUUACAAUCUCCAUCAGGUGUUGUUCACAGGGGCGGUGUCGUACCUGUGGGGUGUUACAGUCUCCGUCAGGUGUUGUUCACAGGGGCGGUGUCGUACCCGUGGGGUGUUACAGUCUCCGUCAGGUGGCGUUCACAGGGGUGGUGUCGUACCCGUGGGGUGUUACAGUCUUCGUCAGGAGGCGUUCACAGGGGUGGUGUCGUACCCGUGGGGUGUUACAGUCUCCGUCAGCUUGCGUUCACAGGGGUGGUGUCGUACCCGUGGGGUGUUACAGUCUCCGUCAGGUGGCGUUCACAGGGGUGGUGUCGUACCCGUGGGGUGUUACAGUCUUCGUCAGGAGGCGUUCACAGGGGUGGUGUCGUACCCGUGGGGUGUUACAGUCUCCGUCAGCUUGCGUUCACAGGGGUGGUGUCGUACCCGUGGGGUGUUACAGUCUCCGUCAGGUGUUGUUCAUAGGGGUGGUGUCGUACCCGUGGGGUGUUACAGUCUCCGUCAGGUGGCGUUCACAGGGGUGGUGUCGUACCCGUGGGGUGUUACAGUCUCCGUCAGGUGUUGUUCACAGGAGUGGUGUCGUACCCGUGGGGUGUUACAGUCUCCGUCAGGUGGCGUUCACAGGGGUGGUGUCGUACCCGCGGGGUGUUACAGUCACUGUCUUUUUGUGGCGGGCUGUAAACGUGUUAAUUUGAACAUGGAGGUCAUGUUUCAGCCCUAG